CCCGCCCACAGCGUCUAAACUCUCUGGGUCGGAGCGCUCCUGGUGGAGACCUCGCGAGCGGGUCGCUAGCAUGAGUCGCCACUCGGACCUGGUGAGGAGCUUCUUGGAGCAGCUGGAGGCCCGGGACCACCGGGAGGGGGCAAUCCUCGCUCGUGAGUUCAGCGACAUUAAGGCCCGCUCAGUGGCCUGGAAGACUGAGGGUGUGUGUUCCACUAAAGCCGGCAGUCGACUUGAGAACACGAGGAAGAACCGCUACAAAGACAUUGUGCCUUAUGAUGAGACAAGAGUCAUCCUUUCCCUGCUCCAAGAGGAGGGACAUGGAGAUUACAUCAAUGCCAACUUCAUCCGGGGCACAGAUGGAAGCCAGGCCUACAUUGCGACGCAAGGACCCCUGCCUCACACUCUGUUGGACUUCUGGCGCCUGGUUUGGGAGUUUGAGGUCAAGGUGAUCCUGAUGGCCUGUCAAGAGACAGAAAAUGGACGGAGGAAGUGUGAACGCUACUGGGCCCGCGAGCAGGACCCUCUACAGGCUGGGCCUUUCUGCAUCACCCUGACAAAGGAGAGUGCCCUGAAUGCAGACAUCACUCUCAGGACCCUCCAGGUUACAUUCCAGAAGGAAUCCCGCUCUGUGCACCAGCUACAGUAUACGUCCUGGCCAGACCAUGGGGUUCCCAGCAGUUCCGAUCACAUUCUCACCAUGGUGGAGGAGGCCCGUUGCCUCCGAGGACUUGGACCUGGACCCCUCUGUGUCCACUGCAGUGCUGGCUGCGGUCGAACAGGUGUCCUGUGCGCUGUUGAUUACGUGAGGCAGUUGCUGCUGACCCAGACAAUCCCUCCCAACUUCAGCCUCUUCGAAGUGGUCCUGGAGAUGCGGAGACAGCGGCCUGCGGCAGUGCAGACAGAGGAGCAGUACAGGUUCCUGUACCACACAGUGGCUCAGCUCUUCUCCCGCACUCUCCAGAACACCACCCUCCACUACCAGAACCUCAAGGAGAACUGUGCUCCAAUCUGCAAGGAAACCUUCUCCCUCAGGACCUCCUCAGCCCUGCCUGCCACAUCCCGCCCACCAGGUGGGGUUCUCAGGAGCAUCUCGGUGCCUGCACCCACGACCCUUCCCAUGGCCGACACUUACGCUGUGGUGCAGAAGCGUGGCACUCCGGCGGGCACGGGGCCGGGGACACGGACGCCGACGCCCAACAGCGCGGACACGCCGAUCUACAGCCAGGUGGCUCCACGUGCCCAGCGGCCGGUGGGACACACGGAGGAUGGACAGGGGACAACGGCACUGGGCCGAGUUCCUGUGGAUCAAAACCCUUCCGGACCUGAUGCCUAUGAAGAAGUAACAGAUGGAGCGCAGACCAGUGGGCUGGGCUUCAACUUGCGCAUUGGAAGGCCCAAAGGGCCACGGGAUCCUCCAGCAGAGUGGACUCGGGUGUAACGAGGGCUGUGCCAGUUACGGCCUGUCACUUGAUGGUGGCUGGACUUCUGGAACCACCGUGCUGCUGUGCAGUAUGUUAUGUAUGAGAGGGACUUGUGGGCCUGAAUCGAAAUAAAAGUUACUCAGGGCAGAAAAAAA